UCUGAUGUCAAGGUAUCUGAUGAAGCCCAACCAGUUAUCUCUCGACGGAAACGGAACAUCCUUUUCCCAAGUGGAGUCAAACUCUGUGCACAAGAGACUGCCCAGCAAGUCAUCGCAAACCACCUGAGCUACUUUCAUCUCAGAGUGUGCCAGGAGACCAUAUGGGAGGCUUUCAAGAUCUUCUGGGACCGCCUGCCAGAGCAAGAAGAGUACCAAAGCUGGAUGAGCCAGUGCCAGGAGGGCACAGUCAUGGCACAAGAUAUUGGCAGCUACUUUAGCCAAUCAGAGGAGCAUCAGGCUCUGGUUAAAAAGAGAAUGUCACUGCCAGGUUUGAAAAGUGAGCCCACCAGGUCCUGGCAACACAUGUGCAGCUCUCCAACACCAAGAGCACCGGAAGCGGUGGAAGCUCCUGAGCUAGAAGAGACAGCUAAAGAAGAGGAGGUGGAGGAAGCAGCCGUCAUUGUCCCAGAGGUGGAGGAGAGUCCACUAGACAAUGACAUUGCCGUGCAGCCUCCCACCCCAGCUGUGCUGGAGCAGGUGGUGGAGCUGAGCAUCCUCCUGACCGGAGAGAUGUACAAUGACGACCUCAACGAUCCAGCCAGCCUCCAGCACCAAACGCUCAGCAGACAGCUUGCUGAAAAGAUCGAGGACGCUUUGCAGGGGCUUCCUGGAUUUAAGAGUGUGUCCGUGCUGGACUUCAGGCCCCCGAAGGACACCCAAGGGCUGGGUGGUGUUGUGGUGGACUAUGCUGUCACAGUGGCGGUGGAUGGAACAGGAGUGAGCAUGGAGCAACUGGACUACCUGACGCUGCAGUCGAACCUGGUGGAGAGCUCAUACCGUGAGGUCGUGGAGCUCCCCACGGUGGUCUACACCAUCAGCGAGGUGAAGAACUUCAUCACUGAAGCCCUGCAUAACGACGCACUGGAGAGUGUGUCUGAGGCCCCUGAGUCUGUCAACGCUGCAGACGGAACUGCGAUUAAUGCUGCCGAUGAGUCAACGGACGUCAUGAUCCUGGAAGAGGACACAGAGGAUGUCAACAAAGAUGAUGUCCUGCCCGAGCUCUCUGAAACCAACACAGUGUCCGCAGCAGAAAAUGACGUAAUUGUUCUGGAGGAGAGUGUAGUUGUGUCUCCUGCUCCUGUCCUGACCACGAGUGCACCUCAAGCUGGCAGCAUUGAGGAGGAGGGUCUGUUACCAGGGGACACUGUGCAGACUCCUGCUGUAGAAAACCCCCCACCAGAGGAACUCCCAGCUGAGCUUCCCUUCCCUGAGCUGCCAGAGGACCUCAUGCUGCCUGAACCACCAGUGGAGGUCGAGGCCUCUGGUUCAGGCACAGCCAACAUGGAAGACCUGCUCCAGCCAUCUACACCCACAGAAGAAGUGUCUGUUGAGAAGACUGGAUCAGAAGAUGGGCUGAUAAUAGAAGAUGUCCCCAUAGAUGCAGAUGCAAUCUCUGAAGUUGAAACUGUGGAUGUUGAGGUUGCGGCAAUUGAAGAAGAACCUACUACUGCUACUCUGGAAGAGGCAGAGGCAACUUUGGAUGAGGCAGAGGCAACUCUGGAUGAGGCAGAGGCAACUCUAGAUGAGGCAGAGGCAACUCCGGAAGAGGCAGAGGCAACUCUAGAUGAGGCAGAGGCAACUCCGGGAGAGGCAGAGGCAACUCUGGAAGAGGCAGAGGCAACUCUGGAUGAGGCAGAGGCAACUCUAGAUGAGGCAGAGGCAACUCUGGAAGAGGCAGAGGCAACUCUAGAUGAGGCAGAGGCAACUCUGGAUGAGGCAGAGAUUCCAGAGGAGCUAGAGAUCUCUACAAUCGCAACUGAGACCACAGAAGAAGAAGGCCUACCUGCCCUGGUCCCUCCUCCUGAUGCUGUAGAUGUAGCGAGCGAAGCAUCAGAGCCGGAGGCUGCAGAAACAGCUCUGCUUCCUGUUGGUGGACACUCGGUGGAGGGCACAGAAGACUCAAACCUCACAGAUGUUCCGUCCGCAGAUGAGGAAGUUAACCCAGAAGAACCUGUGGAAGAUGCAGAAGUCAACGUGAUGGUGAUGUACCCUGAAGAACCUGUAUUUGAAGAGGGUGGCAUGGACAACGAGGGACAAGAGCUGAAGGAAGCUCCUGGAGCUCCACCUGUAGAGGAAGUGGGCCCAGCAGCUCCAGAGAUCUCAACAGAGGAUCUGACAGAGGAUGAGAUCUUGCUGGUUAACAGAGAUGAACUGGAGCCACCAGUGACAGAUUCUCUGAUCCCUGCCGAACCAACUGCCCUGUCUCCAGAGAGAGAGUCGCCUUUCACCCGCAUCUCUGAUGUCGACCCUGCCCCUGAUGAGCAACCUGACAUCAUCAUCCCUUCAGUGGUGGAGAUCCAGACCACUAACAGUGGCUUGGAUGAUGCCACCAAUGGAGACCAGGACUAUGAUGUGAUCCAUUAUGGUUAUGGUUUGAUUAACCACACAGAGGAGGGCAGUACUGGCUUCCCAUUUGGUGUGGCACACGGCACAGACCAUGUCAGUCUUGCCAUGCCUGUGAACCCUGGGCGAGCACUGAUGGUGUUCUUCAGCCUGAGGGUGACCAACAUGAUCUUCUCAGACGAUCUCUUCAACAAGAGCUCCCCAGAAUACAAAGCUUUGGAGCAGCGCUUCAUAGAGCUGCUUGUGCCCUACCUGCAGUCCAACCUGAGUAACUUUGAGAACCUGGAGAUCCUGAACUUCAGGAACGGGAGCAUUGUGGUCAACAGCCGGAUGAAAUUUGGCAAACCUGUGCCACAAAGCGUCACCACUACUGUCUAUCUGAUCCUUGAGGACUUCUGCAACACAGCCUACCAGACCAUGAACCUGGCCAUCGAUAAGUACUCACUGGACGUGGAGUCAGGUGACAAGGCCGACCCUUGUAAGUUCCAGGCGUGUAACGAGUAUGCGGAGUGUAAAGUGAACAAGUGGUCGGGGGAGGCGGAGUGUGUCUGCAAUGCUGGCUACUUCAGCGUGGACGGCCUGCCUUGUCAGAGUAUCUGUGAGCUGCGCACUGACUUUUGCCUCAAUGACGGCAAGUGUGACAUCAUCCCCGGCCAGGGAGCCAUCUGCAGGUGUCGUGUUGGGGAGAACUGGUGGUACAGAGGAGAGCACUGUGAGGAGUACGUGUCCGAGCCGCUUGUGGUUGGCAUAGCGAUCGCCUCAGUAGCGGGAUUCCUGUUGGUAGCCUCCGGAGUCAUCUUCUUCCUCGCCAGGACGUUACGGGACCAGUAUGACAAGGAUGAGUCAGAGGACCCCAUACGGCGAGCAGAGAGUCUCCCGUCUCUGGAGAGGGCGACCAAGUACAACCCCAUGUAUGAGAGUGAGGCCACCACAGGCUACAGCCACUACUACCGCCGCUACCCUGAAGCUCCUGUGUACAGCAGCGCCAGCGCUGAGGCCUCCACUGAUUUCAGCAGCGAAGAGAUACGACACAUCUAUGAGAACAGUGAACUGACCAAAGAGGAAAUCCAAGACAGGAUACGCAUUAUUGAGCUCUACGCAAAGGACCGGCAGUUUGCAGACUUUGUACGGCAUCAUCAAGCCGUCGUGGAUACCCGCAGAGAGAGCUCCUCGGUGCACACAUGAAGCUCUACUGUAAACAAGACCACAGGCAGCUUGUUACACCUGAGACUCAGAGCUGAACCACAGCAGAGAAGAUGAUGGGGAUGCAGCGACACUCACACAGCUUUCUGGUCCUUCUUCUCAUGGUCUUCAUCGCUGGGAUAGUUCUCU